CCCUAGCUCACUCCGUCUCUUACCAUCGCGAACUCCUGGCUGCCCUCGGGCGACUACCUUCCACAACUUCCCAGUUUGUUUCAUCACAUUCAGCAUAAUCAUGACGGAAUUGGACCACGACGAAGGAACGAUGGAAGUGAAAUCCAGGGCCAGUUUAAAGGACCCAUCUGUUAACAUUCCUGUUAAAUUUGAUUUCAAUAAGUUUCAGGAGGAUAUUUUUCAAGAAUAUGCUUUGAUCGCCCGGUCCAUGCCAAAUGAUAUAAUCACCCAAGAUCCUACUCCUAAGUCGCUACACGCGGUCUUCUAUGAGCUAUCUCCCCAAUUGUGGCCCAUCUUAGAGAAGGACAGCGUCCGGUGCUUACUCAACUUUUUGGUGAGCAAGCGGGGUAUGACAUGGAAACAUACCAUCACCUCACAAACCUUAACUUACAUGAUCAGUUAUGAUGCCCUACGAUGUGCAAAAGUUAUAUUGGAGGGCAAGGCACCAAGGCUCAAUGGACACCAUGCCAAUCCCAACUGCAUUAACCCAUAUGGAUACUUCCCGCUCCAUGAAGCUGCCGAAAGGUUUUCUGUUGACAUGAUCAAGUUACUCUUUCGUCAUGGUGCAUCAGCCAGUGUACGCACAGUCGGGGAUAACAUCAUUGAGAACCUACUCCCACUCCAUGUUGCGGUCGAAAAUACUUGCCUGCAUAAGUAUUUGGAGGAUAAUUUAUUUCCAUACCAGAACCAUUGGCAUUAUAUCUACAAGAUUAUCCAUCUGCUAUGCAUGCCUGAAAUGAAAAUCUUUUUGGAUACGGUUAGACUGCUAGCAGAAAGAACAGAUAAUCUAGUUGAUGAGAUAUGGAAUUACGUGAAGGAUGGAAAACUUGUCCAGUCUGCAGUUUUACUUCUGUCAGCUCAAGCGCAAAUCCGUGGGGGCUGUUCCUCCAAACGCAACGGCAAUAAUAAGCGUGAUGGGUUUGAUAUUAUCAUGUGCCAUAUAGUGAGACAUUUGGUUACCCUAAGAUCGGAAAACAAAAAUACAAAUACACGGAAGCUGCGUGAGGAAGAGAGAAUAUUUAUGGAGUUUACGGGCCUGCUUGUUGAUAUUGUUUCGCAAGCUGGUGAAGCCCUUUCUGCAUACAUUCAGGCACAUUCAAAGGCGCCCCACGUGGAGGUUCUGGAGCGGGUUUCUUCUAUCCUCAAGGAGUAUGGGUUUUGCCCGACUGGAGAAAUCGUUGAUGUUAAGAACCUCUGCCCUUACAACUGCGUAAUGUCUGAUGAAGAGUUAUACCACCAAGGGCUUAUGAAUUCAACCAAGGGUGGUGCAGCGGAAGAAGUACAUGCUGCGGAAAAGUAUCUGCCUAAAGGAUGGGAUAACACAUUCACAAGGAGAAAGUUCUUCCCAUAUUGGAGAUCGGUGCUACAGGCCCGGGCUUUUCUGCGGGUGUAUCCAGCCUAUGCAACAGCAGAUGCCAGUCGACCUACUGUGCCUACUCCAGUUCCAGGCCAUAAGCUUCCCUCGCUGGGAAAAGCUCCACAACUGUUAAGCAAUCGUCAAUCCAGAAGACUUUUUGGUACCGACGCAUCCGCAGCUAGGUCUGCACUUGGUUAUGAAGAACUUCGUUGCCCUCGGGGAAGCUCAAUGGACAGGACUCCAAGUCAAAAUCACAACCUUUCACUGCUGGGAAGAGUUACACAAGCAACAAAUAAUCAUGGUCAAUCUAGAAGACUCUUUGGUACUGCUGCGUCCAUCCUCCUGAAGGUGGCAAGGAAAGCGUGAGCAGUUGGCCAUGAAGGUUGUGGUUGCUGGGGGCACUCGGUGCAUUUUUCUCCUAGAUGGGAAGAUGAGGCUGCUGAUUCACGGCUGUGCGCGUGCAUUUUUCUGCAGCUUGUAAGAGCAUGGGAAGAUGAGAGUGACAGGCUGUUCGGGGAGCUUGCACGGCAACCAGAAAUAGGUUGGGCAGAGAGCUCGGUCAGGCGUCUCUUUAACGCGCGAGCUGAGGCUGGGCAUCGUUUGUAAAAUAUGAUGGUAUCAGAUGCCUCUCAUUUGCUGUUAUCAGGCCGGUGGAGGGUCACUGGUCUUCAUUAGGCUAGUCAUAGUGGGAGUAAUUUAGGUAGUAACAUAGUGCACUUUAAGAAAAUUUUGCUUAUGUGGCAUAUAGUUAAUAAAGAGAGAGAUGUUUAGAGUAACAUACUCCCUUCAUUCUUU